UGCAGCGAGGAGGAAGCGUGGGGGAUUGUGUCGCUUCGAUCUGAUCCGAUUAUAAACAGUUCAAACCCGACAUUUAAAAAAAUAGAUCUAUUCUUUUUCUGGUUGAAACCCAGCGUCGAUAUCGCCGUCAUGUUUCCGUCGUGUUGCUCCAAACCCGCGGCGGACGGCGGUAAGAGGAGCAGCUCCGUGGCCAAGCUGCUGCUCGGGGUGUUUGUGGUGUACUCGCUGCACACAGCCUGGCUGCUGUACGGCUUCCUCAACACCAGACCCUGCGACGGAGGCAGAGGGGAGACCUGCAUCUCCUCCUACCUGACAGCCAGACCCAGACUACAGCUGAGUGUGUUUACCUGCCUCAUGCCAGACAACAGCCAACUCAACCUCGCUGUAAAAAUAGACCCAUUUGACCCACAUUCGUCAUUUGAAAGGCAGGUGAAUGUCUCUCUGCCAGAGGAGACCCGGGCUAAUGGCACUCUGUAUGCAGUCGUCUAUGUUCACAAAGCCAGUGUUUCACCUCUGGAGGACAGCAGAGAAGUCCACUAUGCGGCUCAGCUCACCACCCACAUCACACCCACACACCCAGAGGGGCAGAGAGACCCGCAGAAGAGGUCCAGCCCCAAACCAGAGAAUCCUGUGUCCCAUUGGAGACCUCACCUGUCAGUCACCAUGAUGUCAGAGGACUUCACCUUCAACAAGGCGGGGCUUCCCAGUGAUGUGCGGCGAUACAUGAGAGUGUCUCAGGAAAGACACCAGAUGAUCUACCUUCCUCUGCUGCUGGUUAAUGAACUCAGCGUCAGAGUCAGAGACCUCAUGAAGAUCAACAGCAGCACUGUUCACCUCCCUCUGACUGUGUCCUACGAGGGAAUCUCUCUAAGGGGAUUCAGGUUUUGGGUCCAUCUGCAGGAUGUGGUUUAUUCCCUACGACAGUUUGGCUUCACUGAGGAAAACAUUGAUGAAAUUAAAGAAACUCUGAUGGGAUCCAAUCUCUACCUGUUAGUGCUGACUGCACUCAUCACUGCUCUGCAGCUCAUCUGUGAAUUCCUGGCUCUUAAAAAUGACUUCAGCUCUUGGAGAAAAAAGAAGAACAUGGUGGGAAUGUCCAGAAAGUCAGUUUUGUGGCGUAGUCUCAGUACUUUGCUGAUUUUCCUUCAUCUGCUGGAGGAGACCAGUCUGCUGGUGCUGCUUCCUGUGGGACUGGGGGCGUGUGUGGAGGUGUGGAAGGUAUUUAAAGUGUAUAAGAUCCAUUUGCUGUGGAGAAGCUCCAACCUGCACUUGAAUAAACUGGAUGAAGAAGAGAGAAAGACACUGGAGUAUGACACACAGGCGUCCAGAUACUUGUCCUACUUGGUUUAUCCUUUGUGUAUCAGUGGAGCUAUUUUCUCUCUGGCCUACUUACGCCAAAAGAAUUAUUAUUCCUGGUUGAUCAACAGCCUGGUGACUGGAGUUUACGCCUUUGGCUUCCUGUCCAUGGCCCCUCAGCUCUUCAUUAACCACAAGUUGAAGUCUGUGAGUCACCUGCAGGGGACGGUGUUGAUGUACAGAGGAGUGAACACGCUGAUCUCAGAUCUGUGCUCCUGCGCCUCCUUUUUCUCUGGAUCCUUCUCCUCCUCUCAUCAACUCUCCUGCUUCAGAGAUGAGCUGCUGUUCCUCCUCUACCUCUACCAGCGAAGGCUUUACGCCGCCAAGGCCAGAAGACGAGACUCUGGGAGCCACAGCAAGAAAGUAAAAACUCAGUGAGGAGGCGAGCAGUGAAUCAUUUUCUGAAGUGAAUGUUGAGAAACUCAUCUAUGAAAAACAAAAAAAGGAAGAUGUGAAACAGAGACCUGCGUGGGACUCGGCUUCAUCAGAUCCAAGGCGUCUGGUUCAGCGUCUGGAUCCUUACUGCUGUACAUUCACAGUGCUGCUGCUUUUUGCUUGACAUUGAUGAUUCCUCUGUUGCUGCUGCAGGGGUCGACAGUGAUUCACUCAUCUAUAGGUUCUCUCUGCUGCACAUGUGAUGCUUUCUUCUGCUCUAUAUGCACAUGUGGGUGUUUCCUGACACAUUGUGAAGGAUGGAGCUUCCCACAGCACAGAUAGUUUGAAAACCAUUAAUCAGCUCCCAUCUGCUUUAAUUAGACUUGAUUAGACUAGACUGAGUCCGCUCUUUUGCAUCACUGAGUUUUAUAUGGCUGUCUUAAAAGCUUGAAUCAUGAUUUGCCCCUUAACUUUAAGAGGCUCCAAAGAAAAAAUUAAUAAUUUGACAUAUUUUUUGUAUCGAUUUAUAUGCAUUGAAUAUAUUCUGUAUGCUUGAUCCAAUGUUUAACUGAAGCCGGGAUCGCUUUUAAUAAUGGCAUAAAAUGCCCAAUAAAAUAUGAAAGCAUUUAAUUUAAGCUACAUGAAGCUAUAAUCUUGUAUCACAUCAUUUUAUGGAUGCACCAUAACAUCAAAUGUAAGUUCUUCUGCACCAUCAGCCCAGUGCAGUAUUUUUAGGUUCUUUGGAAACUUUGUUAUCCUGAGUAAAACGUACACAGAUGCCCUCUGGUUUAAACUUGGCUUUGUGACACAUUUCUAAUGAUAGAAUCACAGGGUUGCAGAUGACCCACAUGUUUUCACACAGCAAUGAGAAGGAUUUUUUUUCCGAUCCAUUUGUGGGAAAUAAAAAAUAUGCUUGUUUUAUAUUUUUAAUAAUUGAUGAUCCACAUUAGGUUCCUCCACAUCCUGAAGUUGUAUUUACAUCAAGGUGCAUGGGAAGUGCAGUCUGAGCUGGUCGCACUGUUCAUACGACCAGAUGUAUAGAUUUAAUGUCUCUUAUGUCUAAAAUGCCAAUACUUCCGUUUUUUGGUAUUUUGCCAUUCUUUAUGUUCACCACCAUGUGUUACAUACUGAGUUACUGUAUUUCCU